AUGGUAUUGGUAUCUAAGGAAAACAAAAGAAAGAUCUACGAGUAUUUACUAGCUGAAGGAGUUCUAGUCGUCAAGAAAGAUACUUACCUCCCCAAGCACCAUAACUUGCAAGACGUGCCAAACCUCUAAGUAAUGAUGGUCGUCAAAUCCUUGAAAUCCAAGGGCCUCGUUCAGGAUGUCUUCUGCUGGUAAUGGGCUUACUACACAAUCACCAACAAGGGAGUCCAAUUCCUCGUUAAGGAGCUCUCACUCCCAUCCGACAUUGUCCCCUCCACCUUCAAGAAGAAGAGAGCCACCGCUGCUGCUCCAAAAGCCAAGGGAGAAGAAGGCGACGAGAAGGCUGGCAGACCAACCGAAGAACCCACAAGAGCUGCUGGACUUGGAAGAGAAAUUAUUAUGGCAUCACUUUAAAAAACAAUGCAUCUUUCAGCAGAGGACUCAAAGGUUUAAUAGACGCAGUCAGCGUUCUCCUCCUAGACUUCAUCUCAAACAGUUUUUACUUAUGAUCAAGUAGAAUAUAGUCAAACAUAUGACUAGCAAUCGUCAAGCGAUCCCAAUAUCCUCAAUUCAAAAUAAGUAACCAGCUAAUAAUAGUAAAAUCAAUUGGCAGAUAAAAGAAAUUCAAUACAAUCGUAAAUCCUUUAAGAAGACUAAGAAUAUAAAAGAUCUGUGCUAUCUUCCAAUCAGAGUUCAUCGAAAAAGGGAAGUCUUCACACUUAAUCAUCAGCUAAAUCUUCUAAAAAGGUUGAGUAUUAAAAUAUUGUUAGUGAUGAGAUAGCUGAUUUUAGACAGGAAAAUAACUCAAAUAACAAACCUCUAUUUACUUCAACAUUAGACGCAUUAAUUGAUCAAUUUUAGAAAAAGUCAACGCAAAACAAAUAAAGUAUCUAACAGAACUCUAAUCACACUUAGUAAUCAUCAGGCCAUUUAUAAAGUAGCAGCACUUUAAAUUUCAUUAGGAUUGAAGGAGAUAACAGUGGGCCUCCUUCUAUGAUUGGUCUCAACUAUUCCUAAGCUAGUGAUAACACUCUGCUUUAAUCGAUGCAGCAAAGUAUAUCUCAAAUAUAGAUCCCUUCAAAUGGUUUAUCUUAAUCUCUAGACCUCAAUCUUAAAAAUAGUAGUAGUAGUCUACUUGUCUAGGCUCAAAAUUAUGUCUUAAACAAGAAAAAUGCAAUUACUAAAAACGAUUAUUUAUCAGUUAAAAAGGAUACUAAUAAUGGUGCUAAAAAUGAAGUAGUAUAUGAAGAUGCAGCAUAAUACUAGAAUUAAUCAAAACAUAGACAACAAAGAAGUGGUGAUAACUACACUAUUAGAAAACACUUAAAUUUAGGAGAACUUCAACAAGAAUAUGGAAAUACACAACAAAACCCCUAGUUAAAAGUCAGAUUCGCUGAAGAGGUAUAGGUUGCAGAAAUAUCUUGCAGAUCUUCUACAGACAUUAGCAAAGAAUCUUUUAUGAGAGGAGGUUUGAGUCCGAGAAGACUCAUCAAUGAAGAUCAAAAUAACAAUUAACUAGCCUUAUAAAGAGGUAUAUUGGGAAGCUCAAUCUCUAGUAGCUGUUCUAUGAUUGAAAGAAUCUAAGAAGCUAAAAAUAAUAACAAGAAAUAUGAGAAACUGAUAGAAGAAUUUAAGAAGACUUCACAAAAGGAUACUGAGGAAGAGGAAAAAUUCAAUUCAAAUUCUAAAGAGUCUAUUUAAUCUCCCUUAACUAAUUCCAAUAUCUAAAUUCUUGACUCCCAUAUGUAGGAAUUUCAAUCAUAAUGCUGCGUUUAACCUUAAAAUGAAAUAAAACUGUCUACUAUAAAACAUGUCUAGAUCACAUAAAACCAAUUGAUGGAAUAGAACUCUGUCUUGGCACACUAGCAUCCAUUUUCAUAGUCGAUGAUUUUAGAUAAAAGCAUUUCUGGCUUAAGUAUUAUUAAUGAUAAAACUUUGCUGAGAUUGGAUGAUACGAAAACGAUUUCAAAUAAUGCUAGUUUAUUAAAUGAGAGUGAGCUCAAAAGAUCUUUCUAAGCAGGGGCAUAAACUUAAAGAGAGAAGAGGAAAUCACUGGAGAUUUGUUCUACUUCAGCAACUAGAUAUAAUCCAAGAUUGACUAAAUAACAGAACUCUAAAACAAAUUUACAACUCACUAACUAGUAGAAGAAUUACAGGCAUUAAUUUUUAGUUCAAAACAAAAAUUUAACUUAAAAAGCAAAUCAGCCCUAGAUUAAGUAAAAAAAGCAGUUAACUUAAUCUGAUAAGAAACAGAAGUUUAAUGCUUUUCUAUUAACUAAUUAACAACAAAAGUUGACAAAAAAGGCUCCAGAAGUGAAGGAAAAAUUUGGUUCAAUGAAAAAAAGAACUUCCUCACUUCCUAAACUGAAUUCUCAACAAACCCUUUUAAAACUUAACCCAAGAAAUCCAUCACUCUUUAAAUCAGCUGUAAACUAACCAUAGUUAACAAACAGAAUCAACACUUCUAAUGGUAAUAGUGAUUUCAGUUCAUUAAAUGCUGACAUCUAAUAAAUCCUAAGAGACAAACCCAACACAAAUCAAAAUAGAUCUCAUUCAGUUAAAUCCAGAAGUAGAAGUCAUGAUAAUCAAGCUAAAAUGAAUCUAAGCAAGACAAGUCUUAGAUCUAUUGGAAGUAAUAGAGGAUUAGGCAAGAGGUUUUUCUCAAAUGACUAUAAUGAAUAAAAUAGGGUUUAUGAGCAAAAUAACUCUUUGAAAAAAGAGUAUAGGAAGAAUUUCACCAAUCACUCAUUGAUCUAGAGGUAAUUAGCUGAGAAAUAGCAAUUCAGUACUUAAUAGAGUGUAUUCAGCGAGAUAUAAAAUAUUGUUAAUAAUUAGCCAGAAAACUAAAGCAAUUAACAUUUAUAGCAUAAGUCACUAAAUCUUGAUCAUAAUAUUCUCUAGCUCUAAAACGUCAGUCUAGCUGAUCCAAUUCUUUCAAAUAAAACACCUCAUUUUACCACAACAAAUUAAGAAAAUUAGAUUUUCUUGAGUAAAUAGCAAUAGUACUAACUUAAUGAAAAGUUAAACUCAGAUACAAGAAGAUUAAGUUUGAUCUGCGAUUCAAAUUAAUCGUUGAGCAAGAUUCAUUUAAUGAGUGGAGUAAAAAUGUCAAGUCCAAGUACAUUUAAUGAAGGCACACCUUAUAGGUAGCUUAACAAUAUAUUGAUGUCUCCUUUACCACCUUAAUCUGAAGAACAGCCCUCAGAAAAUGAUUAUUAAUUCACAUUAAUGAACCCUCCACAAAUAGCAAAUAGGUAAGGGCUUAGAAAUGUUGACAUUAGACAAUCUAUGCAAAAAGAAUGUGGCUUGUCACCUACAUCUCAAUCAACUAAAAAUAUUAAUCGUAAUCAAAUAUAUGGGUAGCCUAAUCAUAGCUAAUAAAACAUUCAUUAAAAUAUGAUGCUUGCUAAUAUUACGAACUUCUCUUCUUCGUUAACAACUCCUUUUAGCAAUAAAUCAGACAGCAAUAACCACUAGUCUCUCUAAAACAGUAGCGCAUUAAAGCAAGAUAUAAAUUAUUAAUCAAACUAAAAGCCAGUCCCAGUAUUCUUUGAUACCUAAGAGAAUAGCAGCGAGAAAAAAGAUGUCAAUAUAAUAAACUCAAAUGAUAACAUUAUUAUGAGCCUUACUGAUACACCCUAAUAGAAGUAGAAAUAUUCAGAUAAGCUAGAAGGUCCUAGUGUGAUCUUUGUUUGUCCCUAUUAAUGCAAAGACUGCAGACUCUAGGAAGCAUCUACAUUACAAAUGUAAAAUGUAUCUUAGACUAUCUAGCACUCAUAGAAACUUAGAUAAUCCCUCUCUCCCAACAGCAAUGAGGAAACUUUAGAGAUGCUUAUAUAAUAACACAAAGAAAUUGAGCUCAAGAUCCAAAGAAUUUUAAAUCAAAGAUGA